AUGAACAAUACAAACACAUCUUUCAGUAAAGAAGAAUUUGAACGAGCAAGGGGAAGAAGAGAAGCGUUUUCAAAAUUAGAAUAUAACCAAAAAGAUGAAACAAGGAGAUUAGUAGAACAAUUUUUAAUUAUUGGAUCAAAUAGUUCAGAAGAUAGUGAAGCAGAAAUUCUUUAUAGAUAUCCAGACAUUGAUAUUGAAAACUUUGAAUAUAAAAUUAUUUCAUUAUAUUGUUUUCCUGAAGGAUGUAAAACACAAAAAAAAGAAGCAACUUCAACUGAAGAUUUAUUUCAAAUAGAAAAGAGUAUUAAAGAAGGAUGUGUUAAUGUAAGUAACUUUUUUAGUUUAAAAAUGGCAAGUCCAAAAAAUGGGGUUGAAAGAAAUGGAUUAUGUUUUUCAAUAAAACGAAUUGAAAUUGAUAAACAAAAACCAUUAGUAUAUUAUGAAGAUGAAAUUAUUUAUAUGAUAGUUAGUACAAGUUCAUGUUAUCUUCUUUUAAUAGAAUUUAUAGAAGCAUUAAUAAUGAAUGAAAGAGAUAUAAAUUGGUUUAACACAAAUACUAUAACCAAAAAAACAUUUGAAAGUUAUUUUAAACAAUUUUUUAAUUUACCUGAAAAUUAUCAACAAACAGUGAAAUUAUCAUGGUGUAAAAAUUUACUUGAAAAUACUGAAUGUCCUUUAGGAUGUUGUUUAUUUAUUAGAGUUAUUCCAGUUGAAGAUUUAAUAAUUUUAUUAUCUGCAUUAGUUUUACAAAGAAAAUUAUUAAUUAAAAGUAAGAAUAGAUGUAUUUUAAGUGGUGCAAUAUCUUUUCUUACUCAAGCAAUUAAACCUUUUAGUUAUGAUUCACCUAUAAUUAGUGUAUUAAUAAAUGACCUUUUUGAUUUAAUUGAUUCUCCAACUCCUUUAUUAAUUGGAUGUAGUUCUUUACCAAAUGAAAUUCCUGAAAAUUCUAUUUUAUAUGAUAUUGAUGAUAAAUUUAUGCAAAAAUUCACUGAUGAUUUUAUUCUUCUUCCAAAUGCUAAUGAAAUUGCUUCUUCUAUUGAAAGUAUUAGAAAACCAUUAAAAAAUUGUAAAAACCAUCCAACUCAUUUUUGUUUAAAAGAACAUAGUCAAUAUAUUCAAUGGGCAUUACAAAAAAUUCAAAUUGAAUUUAGAUUAAUGGUAGAUAAUUUCGAUGAUUAUAUUGAAACUUUAAAAGAACCAGGAAAACCACAAAUUAGUUUAUUUAGAAAAAAAGAUUUUAUUGAAGAAGCUGAACCAAAAUAUCUUCCUUUUUUAAAAGAAUUUAGUAAAACUCAAAUGUUUGAAUCAUUUAUUAAUGAAAAAUUAGAUGCAUAUGAUUAUGGUAAAUAA